AUGACCACCCUCCACUUACCGCCCGAGUGGCGGAGUGACCAAGUCGAAGAGGCACUCGCACAUGCCACCCGCCUCACCGCCAUCAGCCUCGAAACGAUCGACGGCGGCCGAGCCGCACUUCCGCUCCUCCCAGCAUCAGGCCUCGCUACCCUUCUGGACUCGGCCGAUCUCUCUGCGCUCACCUCGUUGCAUCUGGCUCGCUACCGAUCGCUUCAUCGCGCUUCGCUGGCAGCUAUAUUGGCCAACCUUCCCGCCCUUACAGACCUUAGUCUCUCGGCGGCCACAGGCCUCGUCGCUGGCGAUCUGGCCGCUCUCGCCACCUCCCGUUGCCUCCCGUCCAAGCUGAGCUCGCUGUCGUUGGCAGAGACCGACCUCGCAUCGGGCAACGAUGUGGCGGCGCUUCUGAUCCAUGCUCCGCAGCUGACUGCCUUGGAUCUCGCCGCCUCCAACGCCGACGACGACGCGCUAAGAUCCAUCGCCGCUGCCGCACCCCACAACCUCGCCACCCUCGUCCUCGACCACACCGCAGUCACCGAUCGUGGCCUUGACCUGCUCCUCGCAUCUUCAGACGAUCUCGCGACCCUCACGUCCAUCUCUGUCUCUGGCUGCGUCCGCCUCUCGCUUGCCCUCGUCGCCCACAUCGCUCCGGUCACUGUCGCUCGCGCCGCCAACGAGCUCGUUCCGCCCUUCCUCCCUGCCCUUGGCGACGAUCUCACCGCCGCAACAUCCUCUCAGCGCACACGCGCGCUCUCGGCGCUUGCAUCGGUCUCGGCCAUUCUCGCAGAUAUGACUACAGCUGUAGGCAACCUUGCUGCCGCUCUUGCUGCCCCGCUCCCGUCCGCAGAUAUCGACGCCGCCGCCGCCGCCCAUCCGGACCUCUGCGCCUACUUUGCCGCCGCCGCACGGGCCACCCCGCUUGGUGUCGCCGCCGACAACGCCGCGCGUUCUGCAUCGCAAGCCUCUCGUGAAUUUGACGCCUCUGCCGCUGUACUCGCCUCCCGCAUGGCCUCGGCUGACCUCUCCGAUCACACCGCGGUCCGCGACGCGCUCAACGCGCUCAACGCAUCUGACGGCGCGAACCUCGCCACCGCGCGCAGCUCUGCCCUCGCUCUUGCCGCAUCAACCUCGGCAGAUGCGCUUGUCACCGCCGAUGCCGAGCUCAGCGCUCUUACCGCCGCUCACCACGCCGCUUCCCGACUGGACUUUCCCCGCAUCUGCCUCGCCGCCGUACACGACGAGAGCCUCCUCCGCCCGGUCGCCGCCACCCUCGACGCACUCGAUGCCGCCCGCGCUGCACUCGAUGAUGCCACAUCUGCCGCUGCCGCCAGUCACACCGGGCUCGCCCGCCUCGCUACAGCCGCAUCCGCCGUCUUGCACUCGCCCUCGCCCCACCCUCCGAUCGCCGACUACGCACUCCGCGCCGCCGCUCGCGACGAUGUCGCCGCCAGCCAUCGCCACUGCGCUGCCCUGAUCAAGCUCGAGACCGAGCUGCUCGCCGCAAGCACCUCCGCAACUAGCCUACAGCGUGAGCAGUGGGAGCUUGAGGACGUCAUUGACGAGGCCUCGGCUGCCAUCGCCGCUCUUGGCAAGAAAGCCCGUCGCUCGGGCAAGCCCAUCCCGCCCGCCGCUCUCGUCGCCCCCACUGCCCGCCUCGAUGACGCUGCCGCCCGACUCGAAGAAAUCAAUCAGCACCUGGCUCACUCUCGAGCCGUGCUCGCCGCGCCCGACGCCGCCGCGCUCUUCCCGGACCUCGUCGCCCGCUCUGCCCAGCCAUCGUUCCUCUGCCAGCUCCUCGCCACCACAUCGGUCGUCGCCGCCGGCGCGCUGUCUGACUACGAGCCCGAGCCGAUUGAGGUGCUCCUCUGCCAGGGCGAUGCUCAGACAAUCAAGUACGAGGUCAAGGUUAUGGCUCGAGCUGGAGCCAGCCACGAUCUCAUCGUACUCAAGUCGGUCUCGCUCGCAUCGUCGCACCUCCGUGAUGACCUCCUCGCCCGCCUCCGUGCCGAGGCCACCACCACCGCAGCCUUUGACCACCCGCACAUUGUCCGCAUCAACAGAGUCUUUGAAGCCGCCUCCUCCAUCCAUAUCGAGAUGCCGUACUAUCCAGGCGGUAACCUCGCUCGAUGGCUGGCCCAUCGCCCGCCCGGCCCGCCGGGCCUCCCGCUGCUUCGCAUCUUCCGGCAGAUCGCCUCGGCGCUGACCGCCGCCCACGCCGCAGGCAUUGUCCAUCGUGACGUCAAGCCGGCCAACGUCUUUGUCGCCGAUCCGAACGCACCUCACGUCGUCCUUGGGGACUUUGGCAUCGCCAAAGCCGUCGAUGCCACCACCACUACCGUCUCAUCGGCUUCGACUGCCUCGGCCUCCUCGCUGGCCUUUGGCACCGCCCACUACGCCGCGCCCGAGGCCACUUCGUCCACCUGGGCCCAUCUCACACAUCGCUUUGCCGUCGACGUUUACUCGCUUGGCAUCAUCAUGCUCGAGACCAUCAGCGGCAAGCAGCUCUCCCUCGCAUCGCGCCCCGCAUCGGCCGCCGCCGCCGUCGCAGCACUCGGUCCCGCCGUCGCCGACGCGCCGCUCAUGGCCCAGCUCGCCCCCACCGUCGCCGCCAUGCUCGACACCAAUCCCGCCGCCCGCCCGCCCAUCACAGCCGUCCUCGCCCUCCUCGAUGAGCUCAUCCCACAGGCUCAGGCCCUCGCCUCGCUCCGCACCCGCACAUCCUCUCGCCUCCAUGCCCUCCACAGCCUCCGCCGCAACAUCCAUCACGCCCGCGCAGCCAUCGGUCUUGCCCCGGUCGUCUGGCCCGUUCCUGACCCGGCUGUACACUCGGCCACUCUCUUCAGCUUCCUUUCCGCCGCUCCCGCUUCGCUCCUCGCCGCCCGCGUCCAGGCUGUCCAUCUUACCACACUCGAUGAGACCGCCGCUACCCUUGCCGCCGCCAUCGUCGCCCAUCCCACGGCCCACGGCCUCGUCACAAGCGCUGAUGGUGGCUUGCUCCCACAAGAUCCCGACUCGGCACACGGCCUCGGCGUCUUCAUCGGCAAGUGCCUCCUCGAGGGCGUCCACCUCCCCAUCCCGCUCGCCCCGUGCGUCUACUAUGCCCUCCUCGCCGAUCCGACCCCAGACUCGCCCUCUGUACUGGAUGCGCUCCACACCGGCUUUCUCGCCGGCAUCGGGCCCGAUCUCCACCCGCUCGUCGCUCUUCUUGCCCCCGACGACCUCCGCCUCACCAUCCUGGCUCCGGUGUCUGUUGACCGUCCUCGUCUCCUUGCCGCGCUCUCAUGGGAGCCUCCGUCCGCCGCUGACGAUCCGGCCGCCGCCGCCGCCGCUCGCCGCUCCUUCAUCGCCCUCGUCACAGACCUCGAUGAGCUCUCCCUGCAUCUCUUGGUUGUCCGCGUCUUUGGCGUCGCCGCCCUCGAGUCCCGCGCCUUUCCGCAGGCCAUCGUCAGCUUUGGGGCGCCCGCGCUCUUUUCCGCCACCGUCCUCGCCGCACUCGGCCUCGAGGCGCCUAUGUCUGAGUGCAGCGCCUGCGGCGAAGCCUUUCGCGCCGACGAGGGCAUCUCGUGCGCCGCGAGUGAUCCUACCCGCGCCCACUUUGUAUGCAACGCCUGCUUCGCCGCCUUUGUCGCCGCCUCGCUCACUUUUGACAACAUCGGCAACUUCCGCGACGCCGGAUCGCUCAUCGCCUGUCCCGAGAAGCCUGCCGGCUGCGCCUCGCCGCCGUUCUCCCUCAACGAUGUCUCACGCCACGCGCCGGCCCACUUUCCCGCCCUUCUCGCUCUCCGCGAUGAGCUGUUCCAGGGCCAGCUCGAGGGCGAGCUGGAGGAGCGCAUGCGCCGCGAGAUCAAGCUUGCCCUCGCCCAGAACGCCUUUGAGCGCGACGUCCACAACAUCGUCGGCCACGUCCAUGAGGCCAUUCUCACCCUCCGCUGCCCGCGAUGCGCUGCGGCCUUCUUUGACUUUACCGGCUGCGCAGCCCUUGUCUGCACCCAGUGCAACGCCGCCUUCUGCGCCCUCUGCCUGGCAGACUGCGGCGACGAUGCCCACACUCACGUCCUCCAUUGCUCCCUCAAUCCGUCCGAGGAUUACUACGUCUCUAACGACACGUAUCAGGACAUACAGCGCGCCCGUCGCCAGCUCGCCCUCCGCCAGUACCUCGCCUCCUUGGACGCUGAUCUGGCCGCAGCCGUCACCGCACGCUGUGCCCAGGACUGUGCCGACCUCGGCAUCGUCAUCGCCUAG